GCAACACCCAUGCUAGAGAGGCAUUUCCCAGGAGCCGCCCCAGGUCGCCUCGCGUGCGCCAUACACUUCCGCUUCCGGUUCUUUAUUCCGGAAGUUGCUUUCUGAGGUAGCGCGCGGUCUUUGUCGGCUUCCACCAUGGCGUACCGUGGCCAGGGCCAAAAAGUGCAGAAGGUGAUGGUUCAGCCCAUCAAUCUCAUCUUCAGAUACUUGCAAAAUAGAUCUCGAAUUCAGGUGUGGCUUUAUGAGCAAGUGAACAUGCGAAUAGAGGGCUGUAUCAUUGGUUUUGAUGAGUACAUGAACCUCGUAUUAGAUGAUGCCGAAGAGAUUCAUUCUAAAACAAAGUCAAGAAAACAACUGGGUCGGAUCAUGCUAAAAGGAGAUAAUAUUACCCUGCUCCAGAGUGUCUCCAACUAGAAAUAAUCAGUGAAGUGAGAAAUUCUUGAGAAGGCCAUGUAGUUUGUUUUUUUAGGUGUCCUUUGUUGUGAGUGUAGUUCUAAAACAUUUGUUCGUAUUGUUUUGAUUACCUUUAUGUUAUUACCAGAGGACAAUAAAUGCUGUGGAAUUGCUUUUAUUUAAAAAUUUA